CUUAUACUCCUAGGCCCAUGUGACUAAGGUUCCUUGAAGAAACAGAAAAACGGUGCGUUUCAAUAGGUUGGGUUCUCCUUCGUCACACAUUGUUCAGAGAUUCAGCGUCAGCAUGAUCUGAUUGAAUUUCAUCUCCACCGUUCCGUUAUCAGGGAGAUGGGUCUGUGGACUUUACUUGAGGGGUUUCUGCUGCUUGCAAAUGCGCUUGCAAUAUUAAAUGAGGACCGCUUUCUUGCACCUAGAGGAUGGGGUUUCUCAGAUUUCUCAGGUGGAAGGACUAAGUCAUUCAAAGGCCAGCUUAUAGGUCUCAUUUAUGCAACUCAGUACCUCAGAGUUCCUCUCAUACUUCUCAAUUCCAUCUGCAUUAUUGUGAAGUUGGUGUCUGGAUGAUGCCUCACAAGAUGUCUAGUUCUUAAAAAUUGAACGUUCUCGAGUUUCUGUCAGAUGAUUUCACGAAGAUCUUUUAGAUAGCAGGUUUGCCAAAUUCUAUUGUAGAAAUAUCAAUUGAAGUAUUUCUCCUGUUUUUUGUGAUAUUUUUUAUUACCACAAAAUAGUGUUCUUUACAAUAGUAACAUACUUAUACUGAAAGAAAGAACAUUGUGGUUUUAAAUUCAGUGCUGUAUUCAAUUUAUUAAGUAUUCAUUAUCAUUUCUCUUUUUAUUUUUAA